AUGGCAGAUAAUAACCACUCUUACUUCCAACACCCUUACUUUGUCUUAACUGGAAUUCCAGGGCUUGAACAAAAGUAUUACUGGAUGGCAUUCCCACUGGGUACUUUAUGUGUCAUUGCCCUCUUUGGCAAUGGUGUCAUCAUCUCUACCAUCAAGUCUGAAUCAUCACUGUGUAUUCCCAUGUACUAUUUUCUGUGCAUGCUGGCUUGGGCAGACAUGGGGCUUGCCCUUUGUACUUUGCCCUCUAUGUUAGGCAUAUUCUGGUUUAACUCUAAGUCCAUUCCCUUUGAUGCUUGCCUUGUUCAGAUGUACUUCAUUCACACCUUCUCUGCCAUUGAAUCUGGCGUGCUGGUGGCCAUGGUCUUUGGUCGGGUGGUAGCCAUCUGGAAUCCGCUCAGGUAUGGCACCAUCCUAACCAGUGGUGUGGUCUGCAGAACAGGGGCAGUCAUCUUGACAAGGGCAGUCUGUGUGGUCUUCCCUGUGCCUUUCCUCAUCAAACGACUUCCCUUCUACUGCUCCAACAUCCUCUCCCACUCCUUCUGCCUCCACCAAGACAUCAUGCGCCUUGCCUGUGCCAGCACUCAGGUCAACAGUCUCUAUGGACUUAUUGCUGUCAUCUUCACCAAGGGUUCUGACUCCCUCUCCAUCCUCCUCUCCUAUGUGUUCAUACUCCGAACAGUAAUGGCCAUUGCCUCAGGGGAGGGCCAGCUGAAGGCACUCAACACCUGUGUUUCACACAUCUGUGCUGUACUCAUCUUCUAUGUUCCACUCAUUGGGGUGUCUGUCAUUCAUCGUUUUGGAAAGCACCUUUCACCACUGACUCAUGCCCUCAUGGCUAAUGCCUACCUUCUUGUACCCCCUGUGCUGAACCCUAUAGUCUAUACUGUGAAGACCAAGGAGAUACAAAAGAAAAUCAUCCAAAUAUUUGUUCAAACCAAGAUUACUGCAGAGGGUUGGGGUCUGCCAGUUUGA